GUCAGAUCUCCAUCCGCCGUCCAGUGCGUAAAGCUCACUACCGCAGUACCAUCUCAAUGCUGGCCUCUGUGCUCCGUUCCCGUGCCGUGCAGGCCUCUGCAUGUCGUCGCUUCGCCAGUGUACAGGCUUCUACCCCUACGUCCAAGGCGGUGCUGACGCCGGACGCAUCGGCAGAGAAGACCAAGCCCAGUGAGGACGAAGCUCACGAUGCGUACCUCCACCGGCCCGUGACGUACCCGCUGGACAAGAUCAAGGUGGUUCUAUUGGAGAACAUCCACCCGCGUGCCAAGGAAGUCUUUGAGCGCGAAGGGUACACAGUGGAGACCCACAAGCGCGCGAUGUCGGGCGAGGAGCUCGCACGGGUCGGCGGUGACGCGCACAUCUUGGGCAUCCGCUCCAAGACGCAGCUGGAUCCGGACUUCUUCAGCACUGUAGGCUGGCACGAGCACCGUCUCUGGGCUGUUGGAUGUUUCUGCAUUGGCACCAACCAGGUAGCAUUGCCCGCUGCUGCUGCUACAGGCAUCCCGGUGUUCAACGCGCCGUUCUCGAACACUCGUUCGGUGGCAGAGAAGACGCUGAGUGAGAUCAUUGCACUGCACCGCAAGCUGUUCUUACGCUCCACUGAGCUCCACCAAGGCAUCUGGACCAAGUCAGCUACUGGCGCUCACGAAGUGCGUGGCACGACGCUCGGUAUUGUUGGAUACGGACGCAUUGGCUCUCAAGUGUCGGUACUGGCCGAACUGCUCGGUAUGAAGGUGGUAUUCUACGACCCUGUUAAGUGUCUGCCACUGGGUAAUGCCCGUCAAGUGGAUACACUUGAGGAGCUGCUCGGUAUGGCCGACGCCGUAACCCUUCACGUACCUGCUACCUCUACCACUAAGAAGAUGAUCAACCGCGAGACUAUCGCUCAGAUGAAGGACGGUGCACUGCUGGUUAAUAACGCGCGCGGUACAGUAAUCGACAUUGACGCAGCAAAGGAAGCUGUAGAGAGCGGCAAGAUCGCGGGUAUGGCUGUGGACGUGUUCCCGAAGGAACCGGCCAAGAACGGCGAGCCGUUCGACACGCCUCUGCGUGGUUUGCCCAAUGUGAUCCUUACGCCUCACAUUGGUGGCAGUACGGAGGAAGCUCAGGGUAACAUUGCCGUGGAGGUGGCCACUAAGCUGGUGCGUUACAUCAACGACGGCUCCACGACCACGUCCACUAAUACGCCGGAGAUCGAUAUGUUACCGAUCCGUAACAAUUCGAUGCGCAUCUUGCACAUGCACCAGAAUGUGCCUGGUGUGUUGAGUAAGAUCCACUCGGUGCUGUCCGACUACGGCAUCAAUGUGACGUCGCAGUACCUGCAGUCCGAUCCUCGUCAUGGCUACAUCGCGCUAGAAGUGGAGAAGUUCCACGCCAAGGUGGUGACGCGCGAGUUGGAGAAGAUCAAGGAGACCAUCUUCCUACGUACCAUCAUUUAAAUCAUGAUCGUGGAAGAAAGCAGGGCAGCUAACCCAAAAACGAAGAAGUAUGUGAACCAUGACGCAGGCGCAAUUGAUGGAGGUGAGAGUGUACCUUGACCCUCCUGUUGGCAACUUGGUAGAUAGAGCACUUCCCAUAGAGAUAACAAUACCAACAUCCCAAUACAAUACCCGCCUGCAGCGUCGUUCCACCUUCCAGUCGGGAACACUAGGCUACCUUCUUGACAACAAGCUACUGCAGUAGUUUAACUGCUUCUUCACCUAUUGAAGUACUAGUGAUAUACUACUACUAAUGUAGUAAUAGUAAAAUGAAGCCUAGGCUUCGACUGUUUGCUGCU